UUAAAAACCAAUGAGAAAACACGUUAUAGAUCUUUAAUGAUUUAAUAAUUAUCUUGCUUAAAACUUGAUAAAUUUGUUAUUCAUAUGUAUUUGUUGAAAGACGGAUGUUGAGAUCAGACAUACAGAUGCAACAUUCUUUUAUUUUUUCAAACUAUAAUUACCUUUUAAAAAAAGAGAUGAUGUAAUUGUUACUUUAUAAUAUCUUAAAAGUUCUGAGAAAUUAAAAAUCACGAACUAAGAUAUCUGAGUUCGUGUUAAAAAUAUUACACAUCGAUAUCUAAAAUACCAUCCUGUGUUCAAUGUCUGAUAAGAAACUAUAGGUAUGCCAAUGUUGGAACCUUCGAGUCGCAAAGCACUUAGAACUUAAAAAAAAAAUUAAUAUAUAUUACGUUAUUAAAAAACCAAUGACUUCUUAAUUUUACUUGAAUCCAGGUACUAAAUAAACCAAGUAUAAAAUUAUACAUUGGAAUUUCAAAAAUGUUUUUAUUCAUAAUUUUUUCUUCUUAUAAAAUGAAUGUAAUUAUUUAAAUUUUUUUCUAUUAUUAACUGUUGAGUCCGAAGUUAAUCGUUAUAAUUCAAUAAUUAAUUACCAAUUUAAAUUGAUGAACGGAUACACACCACUACACCAUCCUAACACAAAUGUAGAAGUGGAGCGCGAGUGAAGUGUCUAAAACAAGUUAAGUUUUUAAAAAAAAUUUCGUCUGAUUCGAGUCCCGUACAUGAAUAUAAUAUAAUAAUAGUAAUUUAUUUAUAAAGUUUGGAUCAUCGACUCGACAACUCAUGAUUUCAAAUUUCAAUUAUCAUAGUCACAUUUGUCCAUAGGUAGGUAAUAAACUAAUAACUUUUAGGACUCACUUUAUUGAAUUAUCGUUCUUUAUAUUUUUAACCUCAUUUUAAGGUCUUGAAAAAGAACUUAAUUGUUUUACCGCAACUAUUUAAAAAAUAUACAUAUAUAUUUUACGUAGGUAUUGAUGUUACCUAUCAAUUAAGCAUGAAAUUGAAUAUAAUUAAAAUAUAAAAUUAAAAAUACAUAUUAUAUGAUAUACCAAUGCAAAUUCACCUAAUUUCGUUACCCCAACCAUUCAGCUUUGUUCUUAGACAUAUCCGUAUUAUGAUUAUUAUUUAGCAUUACCUAUAGUAUUUUUUUUAAAUGUUCUACUUUUCAAAAACACCCUCCAAAAUAUUUUUCUAUGUACGUACCUGAACUACACGAUCCUAUGUAUGGGCUAUAUGCCUAUAUGGCUAUAUGUAUAAAUGUAUAAGGCUAUAAACAUAAGUACUUUAUUUUCGAGCACAGUUUGUCGAGUUAAUCGGUUAUCGAUUAACGAAAUCAUGUUUAUAAUAAACUUUUUUUUACCUACUAUUUUUCGAUUUCAUAUUGGUGAUGAUGUAAUUAUAGUAUUUAUUAUGUACAUAAGUCAUUCUACAAAUGUUACACACGACCAUGGUCCAUGAGUUAAACCAUGCAACAGUUAACGAACUUUGAAAUUUAUAAAUAUGUAUUUGUAAUUUGUAUAAACUUUAUUAAUUAUUGCGUUAACAUUAUUUUUAUUUUUAUUAAUUAUGAAUCAUUUUCAGCAUUCUUAAAUUAUAUAUUAUAAUACAAUAUUUUCUUCUAUAUUAAUAUAUAUAUUCUAUUUAUAUAUUUACAAACAACGAUAAACAUCAAACAUAAAGUUAGAACUUUAGAAGUUAUUAAUUCUCCAUAAUCCAGGUAGUAUCUAUAGCCGUGCCGGUGCCGCCGUGGUUGACGCUGUUAAUCGUCUAUUCUGGAGAUAGUAGAAGUAGACACAAAUCAGUAUCGUACAUACGCGAUAAAAAAAGAUGAUAAGAAAAAGCAUCCAAAUUUUAAAUUUUAAUGGAAUUCAUGUCGUCGAUCUUCGUCGUCAUCUAGUCAAUAUUGUCGCCGUUACUGUUCCCGAUCAUUUUCUUCCGAAAUCUUAACAUAGCCCAUACACGUAAAACAGCCACCUGAAAUGACUGUCCAAAUGUCAUCAGUUUGCGGACUAUCGUUUUUGAUAUGCGUGCGAUGAACGUCGCUCGAGACCCUCUGGGUGCCAUAAAAAGUUACCUACCGCAAUGGACGACAAUGAUCAAGUGAUUUUUUACCCAAACCAAGGUGUCGAUCCGCACAACCGAUGCUGCGGUGGUUCCAUGUGGUGUAUUCAGGACAUAUGCGGUAUUAUUUGUGCGAUAUUCACAUGGCUGUUGAUACUGUAUGCUGAGUUUGUAGUGACUUUUGUUACACUUCUGCCAUGUCCGUAUCCCAUUUUCCAGUGUGUCAACAUGGUUAUAUUCCAAAUCUUUGCAUUCCUCGCGAUGGCUUCUCAUCUACGCACAAUGUUUACAGAUCCGGGUGCAGUGCCAAAAGGAAAUGCUACAAAAGAAAUGAUACAACAUUUAGGUUUACGUGAGGGUCAAGUGAUAUAUAAAUGUCCGAAAUGCUGUUGUAUUAAACCCUCAAGAGCCCAUCACUGUUCUGUUUGCCAAAGAUGUAUUAGAAAAAUGGACCAUCAUUGCCCAUGGGUUAACAAUUGUGUUGGAGAAAAAAACCAGAAAUUUUUUGUACUAUUUACGCUUUACAUUGCUGCUAUGUCAAUGCACGCAUUAUAUUUGUGUGUAAGCCAAUUUGUUUGGUGUCUACAUUCCGAGUGGAAGCAAUGUUCUUGGUAUACACCUCCCGCAACAGUAGUUUUUUUGAUAUUUUUAGGUUUUGAAGCAUUACUAUUUGCAAUAUUCACCUUGGUAAUGUUUGCAACUCAACUACAGGCCAUAUGCUCUGAUGAAACGGGUAUUGAACAAUUAAAAAAGGAAGAAGCUCGAUGGAUGAAAAAAUCUAAAUGGAAGAGCUUACAAGCUGUAUUUGGCAGGGUUUCCAUAACUUGGCUAUCACCUUUCUCACAGCCAGCUCCCAAGAUCAAAGUAGAUAAUUAUCUACAGGUCUAGUGAUAUGAACAGUAUUUACAUAUUUAUAAAGUUUACCUCUUGUACCUAAUAUUUAUGAUUCUACUAUAUAAUAUUCUUGUUAUUUAAAAACAAAUUUAUUAUACUAUAAAUUUAAAAAUGAUGACUGCAUCAAAUAUAAGACAAUGAUUCUUUUAUUAACAGAGGAUCUAAUUAAUAAGUUUAAUUACUUUAUGAA